GGCUAAGUUUAGAGGCCCAUAGGCCCGUUUUGAAUCAAAUCGAAAGAGUAGGUAGCACUAUAUAAACUUGUGCUUAAGCUCUAGGGUUUGUCUCCUCCGUUUACCUCAGUAAUAGUAGCAGCGGUCUUGCGAAAAUGGUGAAGGGACGCCAAGGAGAACGUGUCAGACUCUACGUCAGGGGAACCAUCUUGGGAUACAAAAGGUCGAAGUCAAACCAGUACCCAAACACUAGCCUUAUCCAGAUCGAAGGAGUCAACACUACAGAGGAGGUGACAUGGUACAAGGGAAAGAGGAUGGCUUACAUAUACAAGGCUAAGAUCAAGAAGAACGGUAGCCACUACCGCUGCAUCUGGGGAAAGGUUACAAGGCCUCAUGGUAACAGCGGUGUUGUCCGUGCCAAAUUCACUUCCAACUUGCCUCCUAAGUCCAUGGGAAUGAGGGUCAGAGUCUUCAUGUAUCCGAGCAACAUUUGAAGCGAAAGUAGAACAGCAUAAACUUUGAUUUAGCUGUUGUUUUUUUGCACUAGUUCGUUGUUUUGUAUUUGAUAUUGAAAACAUUUUCCUUUCGUUGUUUGAAUCAUGGAUCUUGUUUUUAAUCCCAAGUUAGAAUCUUUCUUCCAA